AUGAUCUCCAUGUCGAUUAUCAUGGAAGGUUACGACACCAUUCUCAUAGGCAAUUUCUUUGCUUACCCCGAGUUUGCAAAAAAGUUUGGAGACUACUCUGAGAAAAGCGGCGACUGGCAGGUCUCGGCUCCGUGGCAGACGGGGUUGAACAUGGCCAGCACCGUUGGUGCUAUUUUUGCUUCUCAAGGCGGUCUCAUGAACGGGUACCUUGCUUCCAGAUUCGGUUACCGCUGGGUCAUGAUCGGAGCCAUGGGGUUCCUGAACGCCUUUAUCUUCGUCGUCUUCUUUGCCCCCAACGCUGGCGUCCUAGUAGGCGGCCAGAUCUUGUGCGGGCUAUGCUGGGGUGUCUUUGCGACCCUCUGUCCCGCCUAUGCCUCCGAGGUAUGCCCCACCAACCUGCGUGGCUACCUGACCACCUACGUGAACCUGUGCUGGGCCAUCGGCCAGCUCAUUGCCAGCGGCGUUCUCCGAGGCUGCCUUCCUAUCGUCGGCGAGAUGGGCUACAAGAUCCCCUUUGCCAUCCAAUGGUUGUGGCCUCUUCCCCUCAUGGUCAUUGCCUACUUUGCCCCCGAGAGUCCUUGGUACUUUGUCCGUACCGACCGCCUGGACCAAGCCAAGCAUUCCAUCAAGAGACUCGGCGGCGACAAGUCGGACGAGCAGAUCGACGCACAGCUCGCCAUGAUGGUGCGCACAACGAGUCUCGAGGCCGAGGUCACGAAGGGCGCCACUUACCUCGACUGUUUCCGCGGCAAUGAUCUGCGCCGCACUGAGAUCUGCAUGGUGGCCUUCAUGGGCCAGAUACUGUCAGGAAGCAGCUUUGCCUACACUCCCACCUACUUCUUCACCACCGCCGGCAUGGAGAAGUACAACGCCUUUAACCUCGGCCUCGGCGCCAAGGGGAUGGCCUUCCUGGGGACUGUCGCCUCCUGGUGGCUGAUCACGUACUUCGGGCGCCGCACGCUGUACGUGGGCGGGCUCGGCCUGCUCACCGUGAUCCUGUUGAUCCUCGGCAUCCUGGACGUGUCGGCAGGCGAGAGGGGCCUGUGGCCGUCGGGCGGGCUGUGCGUGUUCUGGCUGUUUGUCUACUCGCUAACCAUCGGCCCGCUGGCGUACAGCAUCACGUCCGAGACGUCGAGCGUGCGGCUGCGGCCGCUGUCGGUCGUGCUCGCGCGCACCGCGUACCAGGUUACGAAUAUUAUGUCGCAGGUGCUGUAUAGCUAUAUGCAGAACCCAACGGCGUGGAAUUUCAAGGGCAAGUCGGGGUUCUUCUGGGGGGGCACAGCGUUUAUUGUUUUUGUGUGGGCGUAUUUCCGCCUGCCGGAGAUUAAGGGCCGCACGUACGAGGAGCUGGAUAUCUUGUUUGCGAACAAGACGCCGGCUCGCCAGUUUUCGAAGGCCCAUGUCGAUGCGUAUGCCGUUUCGGGUCAUGGGCAGGAGGAGAAUGCGCAGGAGCAGAAGGCUGGGUAUAGGUAG